CAGGAAUGCACUUCCUGCUGCGGGAGAUCACGUGACGCGCGCUGGUGCUCGGACCGGCCACAACAAUACGGCAGAGCUGCCGUGUCACUCCCACGCCCGCGCCCUCGCUAUGGCGGACGGCGAGCGCUCCCCGCUGCUGUCGGACCUCGGAGACGGAGCCCUCGGUGGGGCUAACGGCGGAGUGUUGCCAGGAGCGGCCCCGUACGGCUUACCCACAAAACCGCAAAGCUUCCCCCCUUUCCCUAGCCCCACCCAGCCCUCUGUGCUCCCCGGGGAGGACCCCCCACCCUACUCCCCCGUCACGUCUCCCGAGAGCUGCGGCAGUGCCCCCCCUGUGAUCAGCUGCCGGGUGUGUCAGAGCCUCAUCUGUGUGGAGGGGAAGGUUCACCAACACGUGGUGAAGUGUGGGGUCUGCAAUGAGGCCACGCCCAUUAAGAAUGCCCCCGCAGGGAAGAAAUACGUCCGCUGCCCGUGCAACUGUCUGCUUAUCUGCAAGGUCACGUCACAGAGAAUCGCCUGUCCGCGGCCCUACUGUAAGAGGAUAAUAAAUCUGGGUCCCGUGCACCCAGGACCGGCGAGUCCUGAUCCACAGCCAGCUGGAGUGAGGGUCGUGUGUGGUCACUGCAGUAACACCUUCCUGUGGACAGAGUUCACGGACAGAACAUUGGCCCGGUGUCCACACUGCCGGAAAGUCUCCUCAAUUGGCCAGCGGUAUCCCAGGAGGCGGAGCUGCUGGUGCUUCCUCAUGUGUCUGCUUUUCAGCAUUGCCACAGCAGGACUAGUGGCCGGUACCUGGCUCCAGGCCAAACAGUACCGGGGGAUCUAUGCCUCCUGGGCCGUCCUGAUCCUGCUGGUUCUGCUGAGCCUUGGCCGAGCCCUUUACUGGGCUUGCAUGCGGGUCAGCCAGCCCCUGCAGAGCUUCACAUAGAGCGGGACAGUGAAGGCGAUGGGGAGGGGGGUGGGGCCAUUUGGGGAUGGGAGUGCAGCCAGAUACAUUUACACACUCAGUCGCGAGUUACAGUCACUCGUGCAGUUUCACUCAUUUCCUUACCCAGACGGACACUCCUACACACACGCACAAACACACACACACACACAGCAAAACCACACUCAUAUCUGUAUAUUUGUGCAGGAAGCGGGAGGGGCUGUGACUUGCGCUAAUUUUUACGUAAACGGUACGUUAACGUGCAGCGUGCCUUUUCUGCCCCCUUCGAGGGCUCCCAGCCGGUUCCUUACUAGAAUAAUAAUUGAAGUAAAACUUCACGGACCCAGCUGCCAUGUGGCUGGUUCAUGUUCUGCAGGCGAUGAGCAGUUUUAGUUCGUGUUUUAGCAAAGCUCUGUGUUCCAUGGUACCCUGUGAUGUAUCAUAUAUCGCAGUAAUGGCCCUUUAAAUCACUGAACCCACCAAUAGCGGUGCCGCCUUUCCCGGCUAAGGCUGGUUGACAGGCCCUCGCUGAUCCCGGGCCGAUCGGUGAGUCUGGCACGACCCGAAUGUGACCCAGACAAGGCAGGGCUUCCCAGACAGCAGCUCCACCAAUCAGGGUACAGCGCUGAUCUGUUGACACUCUGUGUGUGUGUGUGUGUGUAUGUAUGUGUGUGUGUGUGUGUGAGUGAGUGAGAGAGAGAGAGAGACAGACAGUGAGUUUGCCAUAUUAUGCCUGUGUGUACCUGAGUCUGCUGUAUUGUGUGUGUCUCUGCCGAAAGGUGCCUGCAUAUGCAUCUGUGGUCUAGGUGAAGGUCAUCAUGCACUGUCCUGUAAACCUGAAUGGCAGUGCUGUGCUGGCACAACGUUUGGGGAACAGCCGUCAUGUGAGAUGUUAAACAAGAAAUGUAGCAAAGGGAACUGCAGUCACAGACCCCGCAGAAUGUCUUCAAAUUUAGCCGGAAGUAACUACACACUAUUUUACUCUUGCUAAAAUAAAAAGAAGAUAAUUCAUAGAAUAAUAGAAAAGGCACUAUGAAGGCGCCUGUCUAAUGGUGUCUAACCCUUCGCCAGUUUAGCUUUUCAGGUUUGCUUUGCUCUGUAAAUAGUUUUCCUUCUUAAAUGUGAAUAAUUUUCUGAAGGUUGAUCAAGGCCGUAGAGUCCAGGUAUGUUCAUCUGUUUUUUUUUUUGUCCCUCUUCUCAGGCAUUACUUGCCAUUUUACCGUAAUUCUGGAAAACCAGUCACGUUUUGAUUCCGCUAUUUCCGCAUUCUUGUUUCUGUUCUGCCUUUUCUGGAAUUAUCUGUAUUUAUCUGUUCGUUGUUUCGUUGGAUCGUGCGCAGAGAAACUGUUAAAAAAAAAAAAUUGAGAACUGGAAUCUGAAAUGGGGGGUUUUGCAAGUGCAGUACUUGCGAUUAGUGUUCUCUGUGUGUGCGUGUGUGUGCGAGCAAGAAGCCAUUGGCGAGGAAGAUCAUUUUAGAAAAGCAGCCUCCUGAAUACCCGUGUGUCCGAGUUUCCAAGGCCAGUAGGGUGGGUUUCUUACAGGGGUCAAAUGGAAACCAAUCAAUGAAAUGUGCUGCGUGCCGCUUGAAGCGGAACCCGGGCAUGAUUAAGGGAGGCGGUGCCGUGGUUAAGGCAGCCUUGUAAAUCCGCAAGGCUGCGAGCCGGUGGGAUCCUCUUAUCACCAAACCCCGUCUUAACGGGAAGCCUUGUAGUGAAAGGGGCCAUGGAGCAAGGGAGGCUCCGCAGAGCAGAAAGGACGCCACAGGAAGGCUUUUGGACAAAGAAGCAGGGCCUCGAUUUGCUUAGGGGUUAAGGCUCUUGUCACGUGACCUCUGCCGCCCGGCCUGAGGGAGAUACCAGGCUGUAGUUUUCUACAAUGAGCUCAUUCCAAAAUGAAGCAAUUUUGUUGUCCUACCAGCAAAAAACAAAACACAACACAUUGAGUUCCCCUUUUAUUUAUUGCUUACCUGAUGUUGAUUAAAAGUACGCAAAACUGUGCCCGGAAGUGAGGAGCAGACCCCCAGAACUGGAAUUGGGUACCUGUGGAACAGGAAGCUUAGCAACAGUGCAGUGUCUGUUUUCAUAGGGAAUCUCAGAGCCCGGACUACUCCAGACAAUAUGGCUCGCCUAUUCAAACACACGUAGCCUGCAGAAUGCCUGCUCAGCUAUGUAAGCACCAGUAACCUUUCCUUUUGCUCUGUGUAAUUAUUUUUAUUGCUGUAGUUCUCUGCUGUAUUGUAAAUAAAUUUGUUUCUUUUUGUCAAAAUUAACCAUUGCACUUGUAUGUCACACUAAACUGUUUGUUUUUUGUUCAUUUUGUAAUUUAAUAAUUCUGAGCAUUAUUUGCAAGCCUUAAUAAUGUCUCUGAUUUUGUUACUUUUGAUUGUACAUUUGAUUUGAGUUUUAAUCGCCUUUGUUUAAUUUGAUACUCGGCAGCGAAGCAUCUGGUCGCAUUGUGUCCUAGAAACUUCUGCCCUGAGGGAUUGACACGGUCAUGGCUGCCCUCUGAUGUGCCCACUGACAAACGCAUGUCUGUUAUAUCUGUAUACGCAAACACUUCCACACAUGCAGAACACUCCCGGACGUGGUUGUCCGUUUGAAAAAGGUCCACCCGUUCCCCCUAAGGUUGGGGCGCAGUUUAUCGUCUGGUGAACUGGGAAACGAUACAGUGGUGUUAUUCAGAAAUGAUACUACUGUUGGAUCAUAAAUAUGUAACCCUAGUUUAUUGAUGAUUGUACAAUAUCAGUGAUGUUUCCAACAAUAAUGGUGGCCAAUCCUCUUUUCAGGGUUUGUUUACAAUUAAUAAAGCAGCGAAGACCUUUGAAGA